AUGGUUCGACUCGCGAAUGUCUGUAAGAUGCUCCCGCACAUCAAGGUCGAGUACGGCCUCUCGACUGCCUACCAGUACACUAUUAUCUAUCUCAACAUGGGCGGAAAUGGGCUGGCUAAAGCCUUUUUGUUAGCAGCCGCGUAUUCAGAUCUGCUACAAGGUGAGCCCAUACACCAUCUCUGGUCGCCUGUAAAGCCAACGCGAGAAGGGAUCGAGUAA